GGCUCUCCAGUCCCAAUAAUAAUAAUAAUAAACAUGGAUCUAAACCUCUUAGGGUUCCACGCCUGACCGGAUAUCCAACCUGUCCCUAUCGUGUUUUAUCCAUGGGCUUCUUUGACUAACAAACUCCCCCCCAUCCAGUCAUCCAUCGGAUCUCAACCGCUAGGCGCUCGGAUCUCACUUUAGCCCUCAAUGAUUAAGGCACCAUGGGUUGUUGCUCGAAAACGUGUCUGACCCAAACGGAGAUGGUCAUGGGGAUCGUGUUCGGGCUCUGGAACAACGUGACCACCGUCAUGAAUGCCAAGAAUUUGUUCGAGAAAGGCCAUCCUGUGCUGGGCGGACUGAUUGUGUUCUUCCUCAUGUUCCCGGGCUUGGUGACCUCCAUCGGGUUUCUGAUCUUGCAUUUCUUGGGCCAUCGCAAGAUUGGCAAGAUGCCCCCGGGCUCGGUUCUGCUCUCGGUGGGACUGCUCUUUUUCCUAUACCCCGUCGUACCCAUUGCUUUAUGUGGUUAUACGUUGGUGACUGGUCGCAAGCGUCACUUGGCAGCCUUAGCCAAGCUCUUUGAAGGGUUCCUUGACGAUGGGCCCCAGUUCGUCAUCAAACUCAUCGUCGUGGUCUUUUAUCGCAUUGGAAUCGGCAAGGACAAAGAGGACAUUAUAUUCACACUUUCCAUGAUAACGUCGUUCCUGGCACUGUCCCUUUUUGGUCUGGCCUUUAACGAGCUGAACACGAACAAGGUGGUCAAAAUCUGGCUGUGCAUGCCAAUGUUGGCGGCCUUUGCCGGCGCCCGAGCCUUCACCAUGGCCGUGUUUCUCAAGGAAACCUUCGCCAAUACCACCGAAUGGGUUGGUGGAAUGUUUGUCUUGGCCUUGUUUUGCGUCAUCAAUAUUGGAUCCUUCAAGUAUUGUGGACAGGAUUUGAUCCGAAGUAUCGUGUUCGGGUUGUGCAGUUUGCUCAUUCCUGCUGGAUACAAUAACAUUGCAUAUUUCUAUCAAUGUCCAGACCAGGCUUUGAUUGUGUACUCCAUCAACCCAAAUGAAGUCCAAGUGGAGCAAAGGAUUGUGGAUCGUUUUGGAGACGGUGAAACUAGGACAGAAACUGGUGGCAAACUGCAACGCAAGAAUACGCUUUUGGACGAUGUCGAGGCUGAAGCAUUUGCAGGUCCCAAUCGUGACGCUGACGACGUAUUUGGAACCGAGGCUGAACCAGAUUUUGCUCUCAGGCCCUCAGCUCCGCCUCUCUCGGAAGGUAACGAGAUGGGCGUGGUCGAAAAUCGAGGAGGAAGAGAGGAUCAUUCUCAACGAUUAGGUUCCGUGGUAGUAGAUGAUGAUUUAUCUCAAAUGAGGAGCGGUCUUUUCCUCUUGUUCUACACAAUUUCCAACGCUUUUAUCAUUUCUGGCUGUGCUCUGUAUCUGAUGGCUUCUCGAGAUUUGGACGCCAACUCUGAUGAUGCCUUGGUUUUCCCGUUAUUUCUCGGAGUAGUCCCGGGGACAUUCUUUGCACUGGCCCGAGCAAUUAUUUUGCCUGAUUUGAAACCGGAAAAGGCACCCUUGAAACUGUGGAAAGUCAUCAAAGUCACACUCUGCCUAAUUUUCAGCAUUAUUGCCUUUUGCUCACUUGGUCCGGCCAUUUUCUGGAGCGCUCUCUACAAAGCAUUACGAACUGUUCACGAUGUAUUGGAUAGCGAGGAAACCUGAAUUGCGGUCAAAUUUUGCGUCAUGCAUUUGAUAUGGAUUUGCUUGAGGCACUCUCCGUUGACAGAACCCUGUGUCAAUUUCACUCUGAAUAAGAAAAGACAUUACUCAAUUUUCACUCUCUUCAAGCAGAUCAAGAAGAACCGUUCAAUAUUCACAAGAAGACAAAUUUCGCCCCUGAAGUUUGAACGUAGAGGAGUAUUGCCCCACGACGAUUUACCCUCCUAACUCUUUACACAAGUCUGUGUUAUCACCAAAGAAUAUAUUUUGCUCAUCCCCUCAUGUUAUGUUCAAUAAAAGUGCUUUUUUGCUUUUCCUA